CUGUCUGAAACACGGGCACAAAGGAGAGGGAACUCUGUCUGAGCACAAGCGUGUGGAGUAAAGGCCCCCGAGGCUGUCAGUGGGAGAGAGACAAUUAGACGUACACAGAGAAAGAGAGAGAGAGAGUAGAUACUGAGUGACUCAGUCUGAGUACGAGAAGCAAAAGAGGGGAACAGGAAACAAACCCUGAAACACAUCACACUUCAGCUUCACUUCUUCUGCUGAUUGUGUCAGGACUUUGGAGAAGCCUGGAGAUAACUUUGCUGCUGUGGAGCCAAAACACUGAAUUUGGACAAAGGUAAAGGGACGAUGCCCUAAAGAUCUGAGCUGUGGAUCUACCUCAUCUCAUCCUCUGUGGAGUGGAGCCAUCGUGGAUCCAACCUCUGUGGACGCUGCAGCCUGUGAUGGACCAAGACUGAUUGAUCUGAAAUGUCCAACACUACCCUCCUGACUGACAGUUUCACUCCACCAUGGGCUGGAAAUGUCUCCACGAACAUCUCCAUCUGCAGCAAAAACGACGGGUUCAAGUACCCUCUGUACAGCACGGUGUUCAGCAUCGUGUUCGUGGUGGGCCUCAUCACCAACGUCGUGGCCAUCUAUAUCUUCACCUGCAGCCUGAAGCUGAGGAACGAGACCACCACGUACAUGAUGAACCUGGUGGUGUCCGACCUGCUCUUCGUCUUCACGCUGCCCCUCAGGGUCUUCUACUUCAUCAACCAGAGCUGGCCCUUCGGGAGCACACUGUGCAAGGUCUCCGUCUCGCUCUUCUACACCAACAUGUACGGCAGCAUACUCUUCCUCACUUGCAUCAGCGUGGACCGCUUUCUCGCCAUCGUGCACCCCUUCCGCUCGAGGACGCUCAGGACUAAGCGCAACGCGAAGAUAGUGUGCGCAGCGGUGUGGGUGCUGGUGCUGUCCGGGAGUCUCCCCACGGGCUUCCUGCUGGAGACCACGUCAAAGGAGAACAGCAAGACCAACUCCACCUUCUGCUUUGAGAACUUCUCCUCCAAGCAGUGGAAGCACCACCUGUCCAAGGUGGUGAUUUUCAUCGAAACGGUGGGCUUCAUCAUCCCGCUUCUUCUCAACGUGUGUUGCUCCAUCAUGGUGUUGCAGACCCUGCGGCAACCGCAAACCAUCAGCCGCGGCGGGAAGCUGAACAAAACAAAGAUCCUGCGCAUGAUCAUUGUUCACCUCUUCAUUUUUUGCUUUUGCUUCAUUCCGUACAACGUGAAUCUGAUUUUCUAUGCUCUGGUCCGCACCAAGACUUUAGAGGGCUGCUCUGUGGAGUCCGUGGUGCGGACCAUCUACCCGAUAGCCCUCUGCAUCGCGGUGUCCAACUGCUGCUUUGACCCCAUUGUUUACUACUUCACGUCAGAGACCAUCCAGAACUCCAUCAAGAGGAAGUCUCAGGGCAGUCGAACGUAUGACGUCAAGUUCUCCGAGGCCCUUCAGUCCGAAACCAGCUCCAACCUUCACUUCAGCCUGAGGAAUAUUAAAGCUAAAGUCUUUCACAACGAGUCGUCAGUGUGAUUGUGAUGGGAUUGUUACGCUCAGGUGUUAUUAAAAAUCCACUGUUCCAGAGGAUAAACAAAGAAUGCUUUAUGAAGCAUCUGCCAAAGAAGUAUUAUCAUCUGAUCCUAAGUGUCUCAUCUCAGGGCAAAUGUUUGGACCUGUCGUCGACUGACUCUGCUCUGCAGUAUUACUGCCACGUGACCGUUUGUUCUCAUCUGUGGAUUUAUUACUUUAUUUAUUACUACUUAUUGAUUUUUCCUUUCCUGUGGAAAUUGUGUUCCACACAAUUACUCUGCCAGUGACCGGGAGGUCAAUGUGAUCAGUGGAGAGCAGGACGGUCAUGAUACUGGAUGCCACAUGUGCCUGUAUAAUCUGUGUAUCAUUCAUUUUUCAAAAUGAAAACAACAAACAACAAACCCUUCAUUUGAUUACAAAAUUACAAUGAAUGACUCGUUUUUUUUCCGAUUUCUAAUAUUGUGUUAAAAUGAAAAAUAACAUAAGAAGCGCUUCCCAUAUCGUCUGAUUUAGAGUUUUCCAUUUAACGCAAGUUACGCAACCCGUAUGAUAAAUAAUAAAACUGUCUGCAAAUCAACAAAAGAAUGUAUGCUUUUAAGCAGAAAAGUUUAUAGAAGGUUUGACGACACUACACGGUGAAGUUAUUGAAUGAUUUUCAAUAUAAUUUGUUUUCGGGCGUUGCACUUUGUAGACGGUCCCUGUGCUCCAGUCUCUGUUUGGCUAGUUUCCAGCUCUUUUUUGAUGAAAACGAGGUCGUAGCUUGUUGUCUAACGUUGCUAUGAUUCAAAAUAUGUCUCGCAUGCGUGUCAACAACGCUUUGUUUAAAUGUUAGUGAUCGCAGUUUGAAUCUGUGAAUUCGGUCGCGUAACUUGCGUUACGUGGAUAAAUCAAAACUGGACGAAACAGGAGACGCUCGUUAUCCGUUAUUUUCCAUUUUCCGUUUGAGCGCAAUGUCGGAAACUGGAAAGAAAAUCUUUUUAAUUUUUCAUUUACAGUUGGUUAUCCGUUUUGAAUCGAAUGAAUGACACAAGGAUUCUGUAUAUCUGUACAUUUCCGUGGUUAUUUGCGGUGCUAACUGUAGAGUAGUAUCUCUUAAAUUAACAUAAAGUUAUAUCAAGCUAUACAAUUGUACAGGGCUUUUAUUGUUGUUGUGAGUUACAACUAGGUCACAGAAGUGCCUUUUUAUUGUCUUUCCUUGUAGACUUUAAUGUGUUAAUUGCCAUUAAAAAAAUGCACUGACAUGGAAUUCCAGAUACUGCACUCAUUCCACAGUGAUGAAUAAACGUCAUGUACUGUCUAAAAAAAAAACAUGUGAAACG